AAAAUAAGGGAGGAUGUGAGUGAGAGAAAGAGGAGCGGUGAGUGUGGUGAAGCAAGUGAGGGAGAGUGAGGAAAAAGAGUUUGAGUGAAGUAAACGAGAAAUAGCGUGGAACUGCGUCGCACUGGUACACACAGCUUUGGCUUUUGGCAAUGGUUUGCGGAGGAUUUGCCUGUUCUAAAAAUGCAUUGGCAGCGCUUAAUAUUCUUUACAUUUUGGUAGCAUUCAUUUUGAUUGGUGUAGCAGCUUAUGGAAGAGCAUCUGCUGUGGUUACCAGCUUGACGUUGGUUGGUAGUAUCAUAGCAUGUGGAGUUUUCCUGUUUCUCAUUGCAAUCAUUGGCUUUAUCGGAGCUCUACGGCAUCACCAAGUCCUGCUUUUCUUUUACAUGAUCAUUUUGUUUCUUCUGUUCCUCAUCCAGUUUUCUCUAGCUUGUGCAUGUCUCGCUAUGAACGAUGCUCAGAAAGACUCUCUUGCAAUUAGGGGAUGGAAGCUUGCUGGUAACAAGACUCGCUACGAUGUGCAGUAUGUGUUUAACUGUUGUGGACUCCAGGAAGUAAAUGCACCAGUUUUAUUGAACACAGGACACCCCGUGUGUAGUGGAAUUCCCUGUUGUGAAAAUAACAGUGAAUGCUGCACUGGAAAAUCUUCAAACUUAACAUGUCCGUGCCAGCCAUGUCUACCUAAACUAAAAGACCGUAUACAUCAAGCCUUCACUGUGACCGGUGCAAUAGGAUUGUUCUUUAGCUUUACUGAGAUACUGGGUGUUUGGAUUACGGUGCGAUACCGUAACCAGAAAGACCCUAGAGCAAACCCCAAUGCGUUUCUUUAAUGGUUACCACUUGUGUUAUCAUUAGAUUAUUGGUGUUUGGUUGGCACUGCGAUAUCGGAACCAGAAAGAUCCGAGGGCAAAUCCAAGUGCAUUCCUAUAGCCAUGGAAUGUUAAAUGUUACUUUGAACAUUACUCUGUCUCCCUUUCUUCCUCCUCUCAGUUUUUUUUCUUCUUUAUUUUAUAUUUCUUUCUCAUUUUUUUAAACAUUUCCUCGUCAAUUUCUUCUUUCUCCCAGCAAUAUUCUCUACAUUUUCCUGGUGUGGAGACUAUUAGCAACAACAAUAAUAACAACAUAAAAAUCAAUGAGGAUAUAACAUCACACAUACUGUAUACACACAGUUUUGAUACUGUAUUUGGGUUACUCUUUCUCUCUCUCUCUCUCUCUCUUUUUCAACUGAAACAAAAUGAAGUCUAAGAGUCUACAUUAAAUGUCUCCUAUAUAGUUUGGUUGUAUCUAUACGACAGAGGCAGUUUUGACAGGUGCUUCAAAUUGUUUUCGCAAAACAUUUUCCACCUGUUAUUUGUUGAUAACAAACAUAUUGAUAGAGAAUACAAACAACUCCUAUAUGAAUUCCCCUCCCUGUUGCUGUGUGUUGGUUCUGUAUUUGAAUGUAUGAGCAUGUAUAUGUGUCUUGUUACGGUGAUUUUGUUUUCUGUGUGUAUUUGUAUGUAGUUAUUACAUUUGCUUGACUUUGUAUGAAUGCGUGAGCUUGUGGUUAUAUUAUCCUAUAUUGCUUUUAUAUAAGUAUUGUGGUUUAUAAAAGUAUUGUGGUUAUUAUCCUACAUUGUUUUUACAUAAGUAUUGAGGUAUCACUGUUGACUUAGAUCAGUUUCGUGUAUAGUAUGUACAUACGUGUGUUAAAAUGGGAUUUGAGGAGAAAAAAUAUAAGUGGUGAUUUUAACCUUACUUCAGUAUUUUCUAGUUUUAAAAAACAAUAGUCAAUUACCAAUUUAUGUAAUUAAUACAUAUAUAAUCAGUAGUUUAACUGUAUUGAUGUUUCCUAUACACACAAUUGAAGUAGCAUUAAGUACUUUCAGGGUUUUCUUUAACUAUAUCCAUUCACUGUAGAGGUCAGCUUUGUAGUGCAUCUAUAACUAUGCUCGACUACAGCUUAUACUCAGAGGUGGGGGUCAUGGGGUCUGCACCUAAAAAGAUCUUCCACAAGGUGGAGGCCAAGAUAAUGUCUUUAUUUUUUUUGAAGACUAACUGUUGCCCUUGCAUGCAGUUUACCUUCUCCAUACUUGCAUAGUUAUCCAAGGGAAAGAGACACAGAUGAUACAUUUUCAUACUUGUGUUGUUGUGGUCAGAAUGCAAAGAACCAGAAUAGAUACUGCAAGGCGUCCCAUCUGAAGCUCCAACAAACCACCACCCUGGGUAGGUAACCUUAUAUCAAAACAAUAAAUCAUUAUGAAUAAGCAAACAAAAGUUAGGUGUGAAAAUUUAAAGCAUUAUCUCUAUGUUUUCCAUUUUAAAUUUUUAUGAAAACGACAACAAAAAAAUACCCUGAAAUUUUUUUUAGUAAUUUAUUACUGGUAGUAUUAGUAGUUGUAGUAUUCUUUGAGGUUGAUUUAGUCAGCUAAUACUCUUCUCAAUAAAUUUCUGGUUCUGGCUUGUAUUAAAAUUCAGUAUCGUUGUUAUAACUGGCUGUUUUUUUGCCCUUCAUCUUCCCAAGGGUCUGUAAAAUAGAGAAUAAGUCAAGUAUUUAGGUCAAUGUAAUCAACUAUUGUAUCCUGUCCCAUUCUCUCUUCCCCCCCACCCGCCAACUGAUAGAAAUUAUCAUAACUGUUGUUAUUAUUUUUAGGGCAGUGGAUUGGACUUGCAGUUUUUCUCACAGCUCUACAUUUUGAAUUCAAAUCCCACCUGAAUUCAUUUUGCCCUUCUUCCCUCUUCAGAUCAAUAGAAUCAACUGACCUUACUCCAGUUUUCUGUAUACCUAUGUAUGUAAUUAUUUUAUUGACCCUGGGACAAAUGAAAAAAAAAAGUAAAUGCUUUGAGGAUCCACUUCACCGUUCGUCCUUCAGUGGUCAACCUAACUGAUUACAAUUUCCCCUCAAAAGUGUGGCCUUGUGCUAGUUUUAGAAAUCAGUAUUAUUUGAGUUCAGAUCUUACUGAGCACUAUUUUACUUUUCAUCCUUCCUGGGUUUGAAAGAAAAAAAAGUACCAGUCAAAUACUGGGGUUGAUUUAAUCAACUUACUCCUCCCCACCAAGAUUUCAGGCCUUCUGCUUUUAUUAGCAUUAAUCAUUAUUAUCUUUAUUAUCUUUAUUAUUAUUUAGUGUGAUAAAGUGAUAACAAAGCCAAUGAAGUUUGACUGAGGUAUUGUUAUUGCUAGAUGAACAUUAUUAUCAGUCGUCUUCUUCUUC